GUUGAACCUACCUACACACAUUUAUUGAAAUAUUAUGGAGAGAUAAGUGCAGACGGCAAUUUUGCAUAAAUGCACGGAAAAAGAAGAGACUGAUGGAAAGAAAGAGAAAAAACGAAAAAAUGAGUUAGGCAAAGAAAAAAAAAAAAAAGAGAGAGAGAGAGAGAGAGACGUCAGGGGCAAUAAUAGAAAAAAGGUACUACACAAACUUAGAAAGAGCAUCUCACCAUCAAAUUCUUUUCCACAGAAUCAAAAGUUUGUGUGAUGCGGAACUAGCCUCGGCGAACACUGCACAUCAAUAAUACCUGCUACCACGCGUCUGAAUCCUUGGUCGUCCCUCAAGAUUCAGUAAUAGCACAGAAGUUAGACAUCAGCAGCAGAGUCGUAAAUAUUCGUUUGAGCGUUUUACCAAAAAACAAAACUUCACAGAAAGUUUGCAGCAAGGACGGAUAUAGUUUUGGGGAGGGAGAGCUAAGAAGAGGACCGUGGACAAAGACAAACAACAUGGCUGAUAUGGCCGGGGUUACCAUCCGGUGUGGGAAAUGCCCGUCAUGACCGCCAACACUGCACCACACAGCACAGUAUACAAUACUCCCGAGAUCCCCAGGAUAAACCCGAGGGUCCUUGCGGGAGCUCUGGCCAAGAAGACUCACUUCCGAGCUUCUCUCCUGAGAUUACUGGAGGACGAUGGGUUUGACAUCCCGCUUGUACGGCGCUGCGUCCAGACCUUCAGGCAGGUGUUUGGUGUCGAUGGCGAGGCUAUUGUACUUAAGCCCAAACUGGCCCUAUGUCCUAUGAAUAACUUCGACAGCAAAUGUAUAUAUGGUAAGAAAUGUAGGUCUUUACAUAUCUGCGCAGAGUACCUUAAAAAUGAGUGCGAUAAGGUGAGCUGCAGCUUGGGACACAGAUGGGACACGAAGCCAAACAACAUUCUCGUGCGCAGACUCUACCUCGACCGCCUUAGCAUCAGUGAGCUAAAUAAAUUAGUGAUUUCUCUCCAAGACGACUAUGCGAGGCAGGGAACAAAGAGUGGUCUGCAUCGACUGCCCGUCGUCAGCAGUGAGGUCGAGGAUGAUUCUGCACAAGAUGACGAAGAAGACGAAGGCAUCGAAGAUCCUUCAGGAGACGAGACAGUGAGUCCUACAGUUUGGUCUCACUACAUAGAGGGUGAAGUUGAUAUUCCCGAAAUUUGCUAUGACUCAGUGGUAGGCAAAUGCGUCCGGGAGGAAGUAGGCUGCCCAAGGCUCCAUGCAGCACUGCCCUUUCACUGGCAGACAAAGGAGCCUGACGGCGUCUGGUACAACCUGCAGUCUGCCCAAGCUGAGUAUCUGGAACUCAACUACUGCGACCCAUCCAAGGUAACUUGCAUGGUUCCCAAGCUUGAUCCGACGGUCUAUAACGAGUCCGAGUGCGCCUUACUGGCACUGAUGGGACUUGCUCAAUGGGAAGCCAAUUUUGAGAGCAUGACCUUAACUCUCCCGCCGGAUGAGGAGCUUCAGAUCAGAAGGCUGUCCGUCGAGGAUCUGAAAGAAGUGGAACAGACAGCGAAUGUUAAUACGUGGUACUACGAAGUUCAAGAGUGGCUUCCGUACGGUCUAGACGAAGACAGUUCCUCCAACAACACCGUCACCUCUGCAGAAAUUGAACGCGCUUUUCUGAACGAUAAAUACUCUCGUUUCCACUUCACCACCGAGAAACACACUUACACCCUCGACUUCGAAACCAUGACUCAGACCAAUGACACAACAGGGUAUUCGAGGAGGGUGCGACGCCGGCCAAAGCCCCACCUGCAGAAGGAGGAUUUGUUGGGAUAGUUUGAUUGCAACGUAAUUUGUAUAUGCACAAAGCCAGCCGCAUGUUUGGUACUUUCACAGACCAUAUAAACAGUUGUAACUGUGUUCGUUUGAAAUUACGAAUACAUGAGUGCAUAGUAAGUUGAAUAUGUCACCUUUAACAUAUAUACUCAUACACAUCAUUUUUGUGUGUAAAUUGAUGAAAUGGUUGGUGAUAUUAUAUCAAGAGACUAACAUUAUAUUUGCAAGGUAUCCUUAUCAUUUAUUGAAAUAUAUUUUUGGUA